GCAAAAAAAUAGUGUUUUUAAAAUUUAGCAUGGUUCAACAAAAGGUUACAUUAAAAAAAAAAUGGGAAAGCCUUUAUCAAAGACAAAACGAGCGAAAAUUUUCUCCACAUACUUCUACUGUAUUAGAAGGUCUACUAUUUGCUCAACUAAAGAUAAGUAUCACACCAACAAUGAUUUCCGAUGAAGAUUCUUUGAAUGAUCAACCAGUUUUAAGCAGCUUUUUGUGUGCCCCUAACUUGGCCAUUAAAACAAUCACAGAAUACAAUACUAAACUAGAAAACGAAUGCAAUAAAAUUGAUAUGAACUCUAGCGACAAUACCAACGUAGAAAAAAUUAAUGACGAUAGCGAUAAUGAGUUGUAUGAAACGAUACCUUUUACAUUUAAAUCAAAUUUGACAAAUUUUAAAACGGAUCAAAAUAGUCGACUAAAAAAUGAAUUUGAUUUUACCUGUAACAGAGAAGAGCUGGCGCCUAAAAUUCCACAACCUCGUAAACCAAUCGUAAAAACCUGUAGUGUGUCAGUUCCUCAACCUAAAUUAAAAACAUUCAAUAAAAAAGGUUGUUCUCUUAAGAAUAAUUUUGGAAAUUUUAAACAGAACCAUUCCAAAAAAUUUUUAAAUACGCCGAAUAACAAAGCAAGUUUUUCAAAUAAAUUUAUACGAAACUAUGAGCACGAGACUGUCAACAAGCAGCUUUCUGACAAGUUUUACAGAAAAUUAGACAAAAAUAACAACAACUCACUGAAAAACCGGAGGGUUAGUCAAACAAAAAAACAGGCUAGUUAUAGCAGCAAACGAAGGAAUUCUUACAAGUCUAAUCUUAAAAAAAAUAGUUCAAGUUUUUCUAACGAAAAAAAUGGUAACAUUAGGUCCUACGGCAAAAUUUUAAAGACCCAAAAAAAAUAUCGCAAUAUUUCAUUAAAACUUAGCAAAGUAAGUUAUCAAGUUCUUACUUUAGACCUAUCCACAAAUAAUGGCGUUACGAGUUUAAACUAUUGUCCGCUAAAUGAUAACUAUAACAAACCAAAUGAAACUCAGCACUUUAGAACAGAACUUUUAAAAAACGUUGCAGUUUUAUCUGAUAUUAUAAACAAAGAAUCCUGCACGUCAAACAAAAUAAAUAAUGCUGAAAAACAGUGUUGUGGUGUAGAAGUUUCACGAAACUCAUCAAAUAUUUAUCUUAAACCUACUUUUUAUGAGCUAUCUAGCUUGAUUGAUGAACCUAGUUUGACUGAUGAACCUAACUAUGCUAUGAGUAAUUUGUAUGAGCAAAUCAAAAUUAACUUUGAAAUUAUUUCCUUUGAUAUUUACCAGCCUUUACCAGCUUUACCUUACAAUCAACUAAGCUUCAUAUUUAAUAAUGAUGUCAAUCACUUUAGAGGAGAAGACUUGGAAAACGUUGCAACUUUAACUAAUAAUAAAAACAAAAAGUUCAUCUCGUUAAACAAAAUAAAUUCAGCUGAAAAAAAAUGCUGCGGUGUAAAGAUUUCACGGAACUUGUCUAGUAUUUAUCUAAGCCCUACUUUUUAUGAGCUACCUGGUCAGAGUGGUGACCUUAACAUUGCUAAAAACAUAAAUGAUACAGAAACACUUACUCAAAUAAAUUCAAAUUUGUACGACCAAAUUAAAAUGGUUUCCUUUGAUAUUUAUCAACCUUUACCUAGUUUACCCUACGAUUAUCUAAACUUCUCAUUUAGUAAUGAUACCCGAAAAUUCAGGAAAGAAAUUUUUGAAAACGUUGCUAUUUUAGCAGUUAAUAAAGUCAAAAAAAAUAAAUUUCACUAGAAAAAAAAUGUUGCACUCCUAACUUUGUACGAAACUCAUUGAAUAUUUAUCUAAAACCUAAUUUUUAUGAUCUAGUUUAAUAGAUGAACGUAACUUUGCUAAAAACUCAGGAGGCAAAAAAACACUUACUUAGAUGGAAAUAGAAUAAAAUACUUAUAACCAACGCAAAAAUAACUAUGAUAUUCACGAGCUUUUACCAAAACUAACCUUUACACAAUUUCGAAAAUUCUCCUCCAUUUUAAUGUUGUUUAAAAAACAAAUAACUAAAUAAUGAAAUUCAAUGAUGUAAAAAUAAACAAAAAGGUUUAAAUACACAUCCCAGAAAUUUUCCCUCUUCUACUUGAUAUUACAAGUACAAAGCAACAAUUUUUAGU